AUGCUUGGCUCCAGGGCACAGAAUGCCUCUCGAGGCAGCAAGCCGGGAGCCAAAAACGUUCUGAACCCCAUCACGAAGGGAAGGAUAAAGAAGCCUCCAGCAGAAGGUGCCCGUCAUGCGGUGAAGAAAAACACUGGCUACUGGACGACCAAAAUGGACGGCGAAGUGCAGCUGCGGCUGCAAAACAACUCUCAAGAGAAUGAAGCGCCUUGCACGGUGCACGACAUGAUCAUGGACACGGCCACCAAGUUCACCCACUACACCGCGCUCGGCUCCAAGUACAAGAAAGGCUGGCACCUGCUCAGCUACAUCGAGUACUACGAGCUGUGCCGCCGGGCCGCCAAGGCCUUCCUCAAGGUGGGCCUGGAGCGCUUCCACGUGGUCGGCAUCAUGGGCUUCAAUUCCGAAGAGUGGGCCAUCGCUAACAUCGGAGCCAUCAUGGCGGGAGGCAUUACCGUGGGAAUCCUGACCACCACCUCUUCCAAAGCCUGCCAGGUUCUAGCAGAGAACUUGGAGAUGGACGUCUUCGUGGUGGACAAUGACAGACAGCUACAGAAACUCAUCCAGAUCCAGGGUUACCUGAAGCAUCUCAAAGCCAUCAUACAGUACAAGGAGGAGAUCCAAGAGAUGCGGCCGAAUCUCUACUCUUGGAAAGAAUUCCUGGACCUUGCAGAUGACAUCACAGAUGAAAGGCUGGACCAGGUCAUUGACUCCCAGAAACCCAACCAGUGCUGUACUUUAAUGUUCAACAUAGAGGCCUCAGGAAUCCCAAAAGUCAUGAUGCUCAGCCACGACAAUAUCACAUGGACCACAGCAGCCAUUGUCCAGAGCCUGAGCUACAAGUAUCCCCCUGAGGGACAGGAGGUCAUCGUGAGCUACCUGCCACUUAACCACAUGGGGCCCCAGAUCUUUGACAUAUGGGUGACGAUCUAUGUGGCUGGGACUCUCUACUUUCCCCCGUCAGAUGUGGGGAAGACCAGUGGGAUAAUGCAAGCCCCUGGCACAGGUUUUCUGAUGGACAUGCUGCGAGAGGUGCAGCCCACAACGUUCUAUGGCAUCCCCUGGGUGUGGGACCACAUGCUGGACAACCUGAAGGCCAGCCAUCUGGACUCCACCGCCUUCCGGAGGAAGGUUCACAAGUGGGCCAUGCAGCUGGGCCUGAAAGCCAACAAGAAGCGCAUGCUGGGGCUGACACAUCUUCCACUCUGCUUCGGUAUGGCCAAGAUGCUGACCUUCGACCCUGCCAGGAAGUUUCUGGGCCUGAGUAAAUGUGAGCAGUUCUUCAACAUGGGCCAGGGCCUACCGGCCUCCAUCCUGGACUUCUUCCUCAGCCUGGACAUCACCAUCUUCGAGGUCUAUGGCCUAACCCAGUGCACAGGGAUCCAUUGUCUGUCCAGCCAGCAGGCCUUCCGGCUGCUCAGCUCUGGAAAAAGCCUCCCCAACACCCGCACAAAUGUGGAGGAGGAAAACAAGGAAGGAAUCGGGAAUAUCAGCAUCUGGGGCCGGAAUGUCUUCAUGGGAUACCUCCAUGACAAGGAGAGCAGCUCCAAGAUGAUAGACAACCAGGGCUGGCUGCACACGGAAGACCUGGGCUUCUUAGACAAUGACAACUUCCUGUACGUCGUGGGCACUAGCAAAGAUAUCAUCACGCUCAGCUCCGGGGAGACCGUCAACCCCUGCCCCAUCGAGGAGCGGGUGAAGAUACUUAUCCCCAUUGUGCGCUACGCCAUGGUGGUGGGCCAGGGUGCCCCGUACCUGUGCAUACUCCUCACCAUCAAGUGCCAAAUCAAUAUGGACACAGGAGAACCUCGGGGCACACUGACCAGCGAGGCCACAGCUUUCUGUAGGACUCUCCACAGCUCGGCCACCAGGCUUGUCGAUGUCCUGGAUGGCCGUGACCAUGUAAUCACUGAGUUUAUCAACAAGGCCAUUGAGGCGGCUAACAGCGAGGUGUCCUCAGAGACAGAAAAGAUAGUCAAGUGGAUCAUUCUGGACAACGACUUCUCUGUGAACAAUGGGGAGCUGGGGGCCAUGACGAGGAUGAGGAGGACAGUUGUGGCAAAGAUGUACCAGGAGGAAAUUCAGAAGCUCUAUGAGGAAAAGCAGAGUGUGCUUUAG